GUUUAUUUCUAAACAGUCAAAAUUUAUAUUAUUAUUAAACAUCACCCUUCUUAUUAUAAAAGAAAAAAAAAAAAAACAGAAAAAUAAGUUCCUAAUAACAAAAUCGUUUUUUUUUUGUAAUGGAUGUUUCUCAGUUAUGUUCUUCAAUCCCGGAUCAUUCUCCUAAAAAUUCUAAUGAUACCUUCAAUGAAGAUAAGGAUGAAUAUACUACUCUAGCUGAAGUUGUAAGCCAUCCCGAAUCUUUCAUUUCUUUAAAUGUGGCUCUUGAUCAAUCUAAGAAAUUAUGCAAAGGUAUUUUACAAUUCCAACUUGAGUAUCAACAGAUGACUGAUAAAGAAAGAGUAUGCAUAAUUGACAAAUUAUCAAACUCUGCUAAGGCUAUUUAUAAAGCUAUUGAAUCCAAUGCAGAACAUUAUAUCGAUAAGAAGGAACAAGUAAUCGAUCAACAAAUAGAUGAAGAAGAUGAAGAGUUCAAUAUAAAAACACCUAAUAAAGAUUGUGCAGAAUAUGAGUUAAUAAGACAAGCAAGAAACUUACAAAACAAUCAACCAUCACCAAAAUAUCGUAAAAGAAUUAGACGUAGCUUGAACGGUCAAAGAUGUCAUUCUUGUAAUACAACAGAAACACCUGAAUGGCGUCGAGGGCCUGAUGGAGCAAGAACUUUAUGCAAUGCAUGCGGUCUUCACUAUUCAAAGUUAUUAAAAAAAGGAUCAAUUGGCGUACAGACACAUAAUUAUUUAAUAGAAAAAGCUACAAAAGACUUAUCAUCAUCAUCCAAUCAUGAUACUUUAAUUUGCAAAUCAAAUCCCAAUAUUAAUUAUCCAUUUAAACUCAUGAAUUCAAAAUACAACACUUCUUCCUCUUUUACUUAUACCCCUGCGCCACAAUUACCUCCAUUAAAUGUUGCUGUAAAUACUAAUUCAUCUUCUCUAUCUCAAUUAUCACCUUUAUCAAUGAAUAUAGUCCCAUCCACAUUAAAGUUAAAUAAUAAUGUAGAUCAACUUCAAAUACACCAAUGGAGACAAUCUGAUUCAUAGAUGAUUUAUUUUAUUAUUUAAUUAAUAUAUCAAAAAUGUUUAUCAUAAUGUGAUGAUAAAUAGAUUAUUUUAUCAUAAUUUGUUUUUAUGAUAUAUAUGCACACAAAAAAAAUAAUAAAAAAAA